UACAUAUUUAACGUGACUCGAUAUUUUAAUUUACAUCCGAUUGUAGGAAUUCGAACGGUUGCUACAUCAAAGUCGUCAGGGGUUCGAGCUGUCGGCCCACAUCCAGAUGCGGCUGAUACGGAUGUCCGCUUCAUCGGCUGACAAGAACGUGGAGCGAAGUUUCUUCAAAAUCCUGCUCAACCGAAAGGCACAUCUGAUUAGACAGAACCUUCGCAAACGGCACUUUCAGCUGAUCUUCAUCAUUAACAAGAUGGUGAAGUUGAUGCUUGGACUGAUGUACAGCUCGGAGGUGGUCAUCGAUGGGGCCAUGCUACUGUCUACUCUGCACAACGAGAGCGUCGCACUGGCGCUCAAGACAACGCAGGCAAAGUCGCAAGCUGGAGCGCAAAUCUGUAGCAACUCGUUUCCAGCUCUGAUGUCUACACCGAAGAAGAUAGACAUUGGGACCGUUUUGCAGAUUGUAACGAAGCAACGAUCGGAACAGUGUUGUGCAACGCUGAUCAACUGCCUCUUGGUGACGUGUAAAGGAGCCACUACCACUGCUAUCGACAACGAUGAUGAGUCAGACACAUCGAGCAUGGAGAUUCUGCGGACACUGACAGCCAACUUCAAUGACGGCUCUAAGGUUCAACAAGACCAAUUCCAGGAGGAUUUGAACAAUCGACGAAAAAACAGCUUCAAUCUGAUAGCAAGCGGGGAUAUGCAUUUACAACAUCCAACAGCAUCAUCUAAAUCCGCGACUUUAUCUCCCAUCGUAAAGCCGGAGUCUCGGGCACCAGAUGAAACCGAAUACAACGAUCCUGCCAUUAACUUCUUCGAUGAAAUGGCCGCAGAAGCGGUGGCGUACAAUUCCAUCAACUACCUGGUCAAUGAACCGGAGGGAAUCGAUCUUUUGGAGAACCUCAUCGCAGAUGAGGAAAUCUUUAUCGCCAAUAUACUGAUGAAGGUGAUCAAGCUGUGUCCUUCUGCCUUUGACAAACAGCUCAACAAAGCCGAGCUUAUCAAAUGGGUCAAUCGAGGAACGCGCGGUCUCUGGACGCAAGUUGGUGGAACACUGGAGCACGUAGUCCUGUGGUGGAGUAAUUCACCGUUGGCAUGUCGACCACCGGCUUGUGCCAAAUACUUGCGUGACUGGUUGUCUUUGAUAACCCCAGACGAAGCCCCUGAACCAAUCCUUUCGAUGCUGAAAGGAUUGGGUGAAACCCUGACGGUGCAUGUCACCAGCACCAUCUGGGACCGACAGUUUCGACUGGCGAUCGUUGCAUCCAGUCUGCCGGUAGAUUACCCCUUUGAAGAAUCAGAAUUUUACAGUUCUAGUUUAACGAUCGAAGGAACUAACUGCGGAAAGGUCUGGAGUGAGCUUUUGUACCAGCUUGUUCAGCUGUCUAACACCUGCGACAUUGGGACCAUUCCCAAUGAGUUGCCAUUAGUUGAACAAAUUCCUGUUCUUCAUCGGAUGGAUCAUUCGAUCCACUCAAUGAGGAAUUGGGCUGGCAACAGGGCACGAUCCCUCUGCACCGAUUGGAAUAUGACCAUGUUCUUCAAGGUGGUUCACAGCGACAUCAAUCUAUGUCUUGAACAGUUACAGUAUCUACGAGUGCCUGAGCUGGUAUCCCCGAAUGCCUUGGAAGUUCAGGUGCAGGUCUGUGUUGCCUUACGUGAAAAACUGAUCUCAGAAAUCAAAGAGAACAUUCGGAAGCUUAAAAAGGCCUGUUCAGAAUGCACCGACGUUCUAGCUGUGGUCUGUCGGACGACUAGUCUGGCCUCGUUAACGCUAUGUUUCCCACAUUUCCGACACUGGCAAUCGGAAGUCCUACAAGAAACUGCCAAUGAAUACGUAGCAUACUUCUUCAACCAGGUCUACUUGCCAGUGAUAGAAGCCACUAAAGACCUUGACAUUCUUAAACUGACUCUCAAGAUCAUCUGCGAAGCAUGGCUGGACCACAUAUACAUGAAGAAGACCAAAUUCAGCUGUAAUGGUGCAUUGAAUCUACUCAAGGACUUUGACGGUGUUGCCGAUUGGAUAUUGAAGUGUGGUUCACUCGAUAAGAAGCUGAAAGACGUCCUGUCUCAGCACGAAGCUCUACGGAUGUGUGAAGGUGUAGGCAAGCUACUGCUUCGAAAACCAGACGAAACAAUAUCGAUACUUCCUAGUUCCAAGGAAGGCCGCAGAGGUGAAGAGAACGGAGACGAGAAGGCACCACUUCCGCCGGAGAUGUUCGUACCGAAUCAGAAAAGGUGGUUGGAAUUGCGCGCAAGGGAUAAGAAAUCUAUCGGAUUGAACUGUGCCUGCCUAUGUGCCGGAAUGGAUGUCUAUUGAGCUGUGGAAGGGUUGUGAUUAAUUACCAGCUAAUUAUCUAUUAUGAAGAGUUUAUCAUUCUUUUAUCCAUUUCUAGUAGUUAUAGCAGUUUGUUAACAUCUCACUAAUAAAGUCUUCUAUACAUA